AAAUAUCUUGUUUCAUGUCUGUGAGGAACAUGUGUGACUUGUUUUUCUUCCUUCCUGUUGAUGUUCUGAUCUCAGAAACCGACACAGGAGAUGUAUCAUGCUGAUGUUGUUUAUCUGGUCAUGUGGCUCAACAUUCGGUUCUGCCUUCCUGUCACAGUUCUGGUCAUCGGGUUGUGCUGCAUGGUACGACUGGAAAACAUUCCUGUCAUCAAGUACAUGAACCUUCUGGUCUCCAACCUGGUCCAGUUCGGCUCCAUGAUCGUCUGGGUGGCACAAAAGGAUGAAAGAGAGAUCCCGGUCUGGUCUGUGGCCGUGUAUUACUGCAGCGUGAUGGCCAGUCUGGGCUUCCGGGUCUGCAUCACUCUGGAGAGGUAUUUUGUGAUCGUCCCCCCAAAGCUGCAGUGCAUCAGACAACCUAAAGGUUCUGCGUUGAUCUGCUUCAUGAUGUGGGGUGUUUGUUUUACAGCUGCUCCGUUCCUGAAGGCCAAUGAAACCGUUUUACCCAUCUUUGUUUUUGUAGUUUUUGCUCUGGCCAUCCUCUCGGCCCCCGUCAUGGUUUUCUGUCUCGCUCGGAGCAUCAGAUCGCUUCCUGCUGCCACCUCUGUGUCCACAGAGGAGAAACGCAGAGUUGUGGGGGUUUUGGUUUUCUUUGUGGUCAGUUACACUGAGAUGAUCCUCUCCACAGACGUUUGGUCUGUUUUAGUCUCCAGCUCGUUUUUAUUCCAUCUGUCUGACUUCAAAGUGAUAGUUUAUACGUUUCUACUGAAUCCUUUUAUGGACCUGGUUCUGUUUGUUUUCAUGUGUAAAGGUCCCAUUGAUAAGCUGCUGGGACAUCUGUGCUGCUGCAGCAUGGAGCACACUGCAGACAAAGUAAUUGAGGAGAUUUACGAGUUGGAAUGAUGAUGAACGCAUUUAGAGAUUGAAAGCAUAUUAGGAGGCAGUAUUUAAAAAGAUAAACCACUAAAAAAACAGAACUUUAAAGUCUUAUACAACAUCACACAGUAACCAGAAGUCUUUGUUUUUGUCAUUUAAUGUUUAAUUUCACUUCAAGGUUUUGAGUUCUACAUUUUGGCUUAUCUGCCUGUGCAAAAUAUGCAACAAAUAUGGUAAGAUGUGAAAAUGUUCCAUAUGUAAAUCUCCCUCUACUAAAAGCAAAUGCAACUGACUAAACAAUAAAUCAGUAAGCAAUACUUUCUUUAUUCGCCUGCCUCAUAUAUAAUUUAAGGCCUUUAAUGACUCCGUGUGGCUCCAGGGAUAAAAUUUCUGUCAGAGUUGCUUCUGUUGGUUGUUUGUAUUGUGAUGAGGAACUAAAUGCCCCAACAUGGGAAUAUUGGAUCAGAAAAUCACCUUAAAACUUUAAAUCAGACGAGUUUAUCUAUCUCCAUGUGAUCCUCAUGAUUCCUUUGAUAAAUAUUAAAAGUGUUACAAUCAGAGGAACAUUAAUUUAUUUCCUCCAGAAGAAUAAAGACAUGCUCAGUCACCAUGUUGUUAAUCUGCCCUUUUGCAUCAAAUAUAACAGCUUUUAAUGGUCUCAUUGUAAAAAGUGAGUAUGUCUGUAGAAAAAGUUGUUUUACUCAAACAUAUGCUUGUGUAUAAUUCAUAAAGACAUUUAAUAGAGAAUUAUGUAUGUAACAGAGGUUUGGAUGCAAUUAGAUCUUUACCCAGAUAUUUGACAAAAAGUAAAAAAAACAAAACUGUCAGCUAAGAGUGCCCUCUACUGGAAGAGUUUUUAACAAUUGCAUGUUUUAAAUAACCUGAUGCAUCUGUGAACACAUCUGAAUAAUUCUGCGUUUUGAUGGAAUAAUUAUUUAAUAAAAAUGUCUGAUAUUA